AUGACGGUGCCCAGGUGGGAGCGCGCAGCCCGGCUGCUGCUCUGCGCGGCGGGGCUGGCGCUCUCUAUUUACGCCUUGCACGUGGAGACUUCCAAGGAGCGCGACGCCGCCUACCGGGCUAUGUGCGACAUCAACCCCGACAUCAGCUGCUCCCGCGUCUUCACCUCCAGGUGGGGUCGUGGCUUUGGCUUAGUGGCAGACCUCCUGGGACCUCACAGCCUCUUCAAUCAGCCAAACAGCAUUUUUGGGAUUAUUUUCUAUAUUCUGCAGAUACUUCUGGGUUUCUUUAACCACAGCCUGGCAGCCAUUACUCUAGUGGGCUCUUCAUUGGUCUCCAUUGCUGGAUCUCUCUACUUGGCCUACAUCCUCUUUUAUGUGCUCCAUGAUUUCUGCGUGAUUUGCAUCAGCACCUACAUUCUCAACUUUGCCCUCCUGUUUAUAAACUACAAGCGCCUCGGCUACCUCAACCAUCCACCCCAGCUGAAGGCAAAAGCUAAAAGGCGCUGAAUUCCACGUCCUUUAGGCCUGGACAACCUCUGGACCUUGUUUUUGAAGGUGACCAAGUAGACUUAGAUCAUUUAGACACCAUCUUUGUCUUCUCUGCCCAGGAAGUCAUGUUUUUCAGCAUGUCUCCCAUCGUCCUUCAGACUCCAAACAUCUCAACUACCUGCUUUCUACUAACUGGAACCAAAAUGGAAGCUACCUUGGAUGAUGCAAACCAAAAUGGAGCUGUUUUGAUUUUACAACUUGUUAAGUGGCAUUUUUUCUUAGCUCUUUUAAAUUGUUUUAUGUAUACUCAUUUUGUACAACUAGAGGUUGUUCUUCAUGUGUAGAAAAUGAUAAAUGGAGGAGUUUUAUUAGUGGAUUAAAGUGUAGGGGAAGGUAGCAUCAACGUAAUAUGGGCAACCAGGUGAUCGAUACCUGAUCCUUUUUCAUAUGCAUGGCACAUACCACAUGCGUGUUAAAAGAGGCAGGGGCUUAUCAUUCAGUUAUACCUGCCAUUUUGAUGCCCUACUUAAUAUAAACUUUUAAGGAUUUUGGACCAUGAUAUUAAAAGCGUCUCCCCAUUGAACAGGGGCUGCUUAAACCAACACCGUUUCACACUGAUAAUCAAGCUUGGUUUACUUUUCCCAUCAUUAAUUUCCUUUGCCUGGUGUUAAGCUGACCGUAUUAUUUGGCACACUGAAACAAUGUAUCCCAAACAGCAGACAGUGACGCAUAAUUGCAAAAAAUA